AUGGCGCUGCACGGCAGCGGGCGCCGGGCACACCUGACCUCGGCGUUGCACGGCGGCAGCUGGGGGCGGCGGGACGUGAGGUGCGGCACUGACAGGCCGCAGCACCACGACUGGCGGGCGGCCCUUAGGAAGAUCGUCAACAAGGAGAUUAAUCCCUUUAUGAACAACUGGGAGGAAGAAGGACAGUUCCCAGCACACAAAGUAUUUAAAACCCUGGGACAGGCAGGAUUCCUUGGUGUAUAUAAGAAAACGGAAUAUGAAGACAUGGGCUUGGACUUCUGUAGCGUUGCAGUAGCAGAAGAGCUGGGACAUAUGCAUUGUGGGAGUAUUCCUAUGGCUAUUGAUGCUGGCUUGGCUAUUCCUGCUCUUACAAGGUUUGGUUCUGAUGAGUUGAAAAAACGACCAGCUAUAGCUGGAGAUUUUGUGGUUUGCAUGGGAAUCAGUGAAGCUGGAGCUGGGUCAGAUGUCACAAACAUCAAGACAACAGCUGUAAAAAAAGGGGAUGAAUACAUCAUAAAUGGUAGUAAGAUGUGGACUAUGUCCGGAUGCCAAGCAGACUGGAUGUGCCUACUGGUAAACACCAGUGAAGGGCCUGCCCAUCAAAAUAAAUCUCUCCUAUGUCUGCCAAUGCAUCUACCUGUCAUUCAUGUUGCUAAAAAGAUAGACAAACUGGGCAUGAAGUUAUUGGGCACAGCACAGAUCUUUUUUGAAGACACAAGGGUCCCCAGUAAAAACCUCAUUGGUGAGGAAGGAACAGGUUUUACAUAUCAUAUGUUGCAGUUCCAAGAAGAGCGGCUGUGGGGAGUAGCCACUGUUCUAACUCCUCUGGGCAACCUGUGCCAGGAGACUAUUGAUUACACUUGCCAGUGGAAAGUGUUUGACUGGCCCAUGCUGCACAACCAAGCUGUGCAUUCCCACCUGGCUGAGCUGGCAACCAAAGUGGAGCUCCUGAGCUCACUGCCAUACUGCCCUGUUGCUCUCUAUGUGGAAGGCAAUGAUGUGACAAAAUUUGUUUCCAUGGCUAAGUUAAAGACAGGUCAUCUGGCCCAUGAAAUGACUGAUAGUUGUCUCCAGUUUUGGGGAGGAAUGGGGUUCACCAGUGAGGUACUGGUGAGCAAUUUCUACAGAGACUUGAGGUUUAUGUCAAUAGGAGGCGGUACAGAAGAAAUUCUGCUUUCCAUCGUAUGGACAUACUUCCAAACAAGUGCAUGGCUUAUACUACACACUGAAGACAGAAAAUUGACAACUCUCCUUAAAUGAAGAAACAGAGAAAGGCAGAUUCUACCAGCAAUUCAUUUCCCCUCACUCCUCUGCACCACUGAAGAACUGGGAAGCGGAGGAGGAAGACAGCAUAGUUCCUGUUCUGAAUGAAUUACCUUUUAAUCUGGUUUGACAUUUAAAACUGAAAUCCUAUUGGUUUUAUACACAAUCUUGAAGGCCUGGUGAAACAUUUUACCAACGUGUGUUCUAUCAGAACUUAAGGGACAUGCUGGCAUAUUCUCCAGAACAGGAAGAUAUGCAUCAGCAUAUCAUCAACAGGAAGUGCAUCAGCUGUGUAACUGGCUGCAUCCACCCAUUUUUCUAUGUGGAUUAGGUAGUUAAAAAUUUGUUCCAUUUAUUAGGAUGGCAGACUGAUUGCUGAAAAAGAAGUAAGUCUAGAAAUUGUUCAGACACCAUGUUUAAGAGCCAGAAAUGUAUUUCCAGAAGAUGACAACUAUCAGGGGAGUGUGAUUGUCAAACAUGUCAUAAUUAUCAUCUCAGUUGUUAGGUACUUUGCACUCCACUGUCUCGUUAGAAUUAGACAAGUGCAUCAAUUUUGGAUGGCAGACUAUAUUCACAAGCCUUGGGAAUGCCAUACUUGUUUAACAAACCUAGCAAUUCUCAUAUACAGACAAUGCAUUACCCUGGCAUUAAUACUUGAAUGUUGUUACUUGUAGAAGUACUGUAAACCUUCUAACAGUCAAAGAUUAAAUCAGCCAGAAAUACCAAGUUUUGUGAAUUACUUUUACACAUUCUGUGUGUUCAUAUUAGUGACUUACAUGGAAUACUUUCAUUAUGUAUGAAAUCUAACAUGAAAGAGGUGUAGCAUACACCCUCAUUUCUUACUCUUAGUAGUGCACCCCACACAGGAUAGCCCCUUAAAUGCAGCAUCAUUUCCAAAACUUACACCGGUAUUCUACAGUAGAAAAGAAUGUAUAUACACAACACUGGCUGGAAUACUG